CAGAAUCGGCACAUACCAGCAUCUGUUCCUUUGAAGACACCAGAGGACAUUGUUACAUUACAAGGACAGUCGACCAAUGUCAAGGACAGCUCGAGUUUUUCGCAACCGCCCUUCACCACAUUCACAACCUCCUCUCACACGCGAGGAUCGUGAAAAACGUAUCAAGGAUGCAAUCGAUACAUGGCGUGGGGGUGAAACUAAAAGCCUCCUACAAGCAGCCAAGAUGCAUGGUGUCGAGCACAUAUAUUCCACAGUGCGUAGGAGAUGUGAAGGGUUGACUCUGCCACGAGACGAGGCGCAUGCAAAACAACGCCAAGUCAAAAUCAGAACUGGAGGAUAUUGCUACUGCUCUUUCGCUGUCAACCGAGGGCACGAAGUCUGAAAUUUUAGAACGCAUCAAAGGACACUUGGAGAAUACUCCCGACCUACGCCAGGACCACCGCUUUUCUGGUCUUUACACAUCUCGUGGAAAUCGGGCACCCCAUGAGUCAAACGGUCAUGCUGGAUCUUCAAGAAUUGACCAUACUGCUCCCAUUCAAGCUACACCAUCUCAGCAGCUCGUUCCAAGCAUCAGUCAUGCUAUGCAUAGUAACGGCGCUCCCUUCUCGAGUCAAGCGGCACAGCAAAUGAACGGUCGCGAGACACGAUUCAUGCAGCCAGUGCCAGCCCCAGAAGGGGCUCGUCCUCUUCGAACUUCACAAGACCUCCCACCACAGCUACAUGCUGGGCCGUCCACUGGCAGAUACAUGCCUUACCCCCUGCAUGGCCUUCCUGCACCAUUAAAUAGAGUUUCAGCAAAUAAUGAUCACUCAGCACAUCCUAGUGUUUGUUACUAGAUAUUAUUCCCUCAAUGAAAUUUGAUUUGGAGCUCGUUA